AUGGAUAUCACAAAGCAGCCCUCAAGGACCGAUGCCGCCGAGAAAGCACCCACAACGCCAGACUCUGUAUCUGAACCUGAGCAGCCUUAUUGGACCCCAGAUGAAGAGAAACGCGUCGUCAGAAAGCUCGACAGUAUUGUGAUGCCGCUACUGAUGAUGGCGUUCUUUGCGUUGCAACUCGAUCGUGGCAACAUCGGAAAUGCUUUGACAGACUUCUUCUUCCGGGAUGUGGGCAUCACACAGAAUCAGUUCAACAUUGGGCAACAGCUCUUGUCGUUGGGCAUUGUUCUCCUCGAGGUUCCCAGUAACUUCAUCCUAUACCGAGUCGGGCCAGCCAAAUGGAUCGGCGUCCAGAUCAUUGCAUGGGGAUUCGUUGCAACUUUCCAGGCGUUCCAGAAAGGGGUUGCUGCAUUUAUGGUUACCAGACUUCUGCUCGGUCUCACGGAAAGCGGCUUCAUCCCAGCAGGGCUGUAUACCAUCACUAGGUUCUACAAGAGAGACGAGACCAGCAAGCGCUUCUCUUGGUUCUUCAUCGGCAAUCAGUCUGCACAGGCAAUCAGCGGCCUUCUCGCGUACGCAGUCCUUCAUAUGCGAGGUAUUGGUGGUCGCGCUGGCUGGUUCUGGCUCUUUCUCCUGGAGGGGCUUUUCACGAUACUCGUUGGAUGCAUCUUUACAUCCCUGUUUCCGCUGAGCCCACUCCGUCCUGUGCCGUGGCUGGCAAAGCUACAGUAUUUCAACGAACGUGAGAAGACAAUUCUGCUCCAGAGGGUUCUCCUUGAUGACCCGUCGAAACGCCAUCCAGAACAUAACAUCUCGAAAGCAGAGUUCAAAUCUGUCUUCACAAAUUGGCGGCUCAUACCACAUGUUCUCCUCACGAUCUCUGGACUGGCACCGUCAUCUGUUAUGUGGAACUAUGCACCAACUCUGAUCAGAGGAUAUGGGUAUGGGCGCCUGAGAUCCAAUGCAAUGGUGUCCAUUGGACAGUGGUGCUCGCUGAUCCUUACCGUGACCUGGGGAUUCUUGGCUGACAGAUGGGGACGUCGAGGUCCUCUGGUGACGCUAGGAGUGUUGUGCUGGUGGGCCUGUGUUGUUGCUAGCCGCACAUUGAUCUACUCUCACAAUGCCAAGUCGCGCUUCGCAGCACUGACACUUGGAAUCGCGGUUUCGAGCUUCUGGCAUCCCGUCAAUGGCUCCUGGAUGGCACUGAAUGCACGCACCGCUGGAUUCAGCGAUGUGGGUGCUUUCGGCAGCGAGAUCAAGACACCGAACCUCAACAGCCUCGCUGAAGAUGGUGUACGAUUCACAGAUUUCCACGCCGCAGCGGCCUGCUCACCAACAAGGUCCAUGCUCCUCAGCGGCACUGACAAUCAUAUUGCCGGAGUCGGAGCGAUGAUAGAGUCAAUCAAGGAGUACCAGAAGGGGCAGCCGGGCUACGAAGGAUACUUGAAUGAACGAGUCGCGGCGCUACCGGAGCUGCUCAGGGAUGCCGGCUACUUCACGUUGAUGUCAGGGAAGUGGCACCUUGGUCUCGAUCGGAAACAUUGGCCAAGCGAGCGUGGAUUCGAUCGUUCAUUCGCUCUCCUGCCAGGCGCAGCUAACCAUUACGGAUGGGAACCACAGCUUGCAAGGAAGGACGAAAAGAUACCAGGAGUCCUUGCUAAGACACCGGUUUUCUAUGCUGAGAACGACAAGGCUCUCGGUCCCGCAGACCUUGGCCAGGACUUCUUCUCAUCGAAGUCGUUCACGGACAAAUUACUAGGAUUCCUGGAAGAUCGCAGCGCAGAACAACAGCAACAACCUUUCUUCGCGUAUCUGCCCUUCUCAGCACCACACUGGCCGUUGCAGGCCCCGGAGGCCGAUCGUAUUGCCUACCGCGGGCGCUACGCCGACGGCCCAGAGGUCCUCCGCCAGCAGAGACUGACAAAUCUGAAAGGACUCGGCUCAUACCCGAGCACGCCCAGCCUCACGGAGUCAUCAGCCCUCCAGUAA